ACACCCACAGCCUCACAGGCCUGCUGCUCUCUGCUGCAGAGAGGGGCUGCGUGACGUCAGUGAAGGCUGGAGCGGUUCCUUGGUUGAAGCGGAAAAAAAAUGGGGAGAAGAUUGCGAGGACCUCAGGAAGGGGAACCAUGACAGAUGAAGUGAAAAGACCAGUUGAAUGUUGCCACUAUGUGUGGUCAUGUGACUGAGCUGGGCUCCUGCAUAGCACAUGGGAUCUUUCUUCAUCUGACUGACUCGCCGUUGUUGCUCUGUUGCCCUGUUUUCACCAUGAGAGAAUCUGUCGGGUGCUUGACCUCUGUGCCCUCAUACUGGCACGACUGUUGUGCCGCGUGAGCGCCUUCUCUCCUCCGGCAGUUACUGCACGGAAUGGCCUCUCUGGACCUGCCAUACCGCUGUCCUCGCUGCGGGGAGCACAAGCGCUUCCGAAGCCUGUCGUCCUUACGUGCCCAUCUGGAGUACAACCACACGUACGAGACCCUCUACGUACUGUCCAAAUCCAACAGUGUGUGUGACGCUGCUGCUCUGCUGCCGCUAGUAGCUGAGGGAGCUCUCCUCGCGCCUGCCAACAACAACGACCCUUUUGAGCCGCUGCGGCCUUCAGCUUUAAAGGAGCGGCGCUUCCCUUGUCGUGAGCUUCCCUGUGCAGACGACCUUAGUUUGACCCCAGCUAACUCCAACACAGCAGCUCGGUAUAUUCCCAAUGUGGAGUUUCCUCUGGGGGAGAUAUUCAUGAAGAAAGCCAUGACAUCCGCAGACCCUGGUCCCCAUGGGAACCCCAGCACAGCUGUAGCAGUGGCAGCUAAUGUAGCAGCUAGCGCAGUGGAAGCGGCCUAUGAGGAGGGCCUGGCCAGGCUGAAGGCUCGGGCGUUUGAACGGCUGGAGCUGGAUGAAAGGCUGGAGAAGCUGUCUGAAGAGGUGGAGCAGAAAAUAGCGGCCCGCGUAGGUCGUCUUCAGGCGGAGCUGGAGAGGAAGAGCUCUGAGCUGGAGCGGGCCAAGCAGGAGAGCGAUCGGCUGAGCCAGGAGAAACAGGACCUGGAGGACAAGGCCUCUGAGCUCUCUCGGCAGGUGGACGUCUCUGUGGAAAUGCUAGCCAACCUCAAACAGGACCUGGUGAACAAGGAGCAGGAGCUCAGUCACAAACAACAGGAAGUCGCCCAGAUUGACCAGUUCCUUCAGGAGACGGCAGCACGUGAAGCCAAUGCCAAGGUGCGGCUGCAGCAGUUCAUCGAGGAGCUGCUGGACCGUGCGGACCGCGCUGAAAAACAGCUGCAGAUCAUCAGCAGCUGUGGCACCACGCCAAAUGGCAGCCUGGGUCGCUGCAGCCUCCAGGCCUCAAAGGGCAACGGACGCCAGAGAAACUCCAGCCUCUCUGGGAGCACAAGAGGCAUGUACCAAGUGUCAGACCGACGUUCGUCCCCCAGCACAGGAGCAUCAGGGCGGAUCAAAUCCGUCUCACAGGGCUCUGGAGGUUACGACAGUGACAGCGUGGAGAUGCACCCGAUGGAGGACUGUCCUGAGGCUCAGUAUUAUCACAUGCAGUGCCGGCUGGGUGAGGGGGGUUACGAGCGCUCCCCUGGAUGCGGCGGCGGCGGGUCGAGGAAUUGGGGUCUUCGUAAACAGGCUAUCCAGAACUGGCAGCGGCGACCUUACAGGAACAGCACCGAAGGCGAGGAAGGAGACGUGUCAGACGUGGGCUCCCGGACAACUGAGUCUGAGGUGGAGAUGUGGGAACAAGAGAGGAGAGCUGUGGCUGAAGUCCAGCAGUCUGCCCCUCCCUAUCCUCACCACAGCCGGGCAGGAUAUCGCCCUAACACAGGUCGAUCUGAUGGGGUCUACAACAAGCCAUGCCGCCACGAAAAGAGCCCAUCCAAAUCCAACGAGGUGAUCAGUCCAGAGAUCCUGAAGAUGCGCGCGGCUCUCUUCUGUAUCUUCACCUACCUGGAUACUAAAACCCUGCUGAGAACUGCUGAGGUCUGCCGUGACUGGAAGUUUGUGGCUCGUCACCCAGCUGUGUGGACCAGAGUGCUGCUGGAGAACGCCCGCAUUUCUUCCAAGUUCCUGAGCACAUUGUCUCAAUGGUGCACUCAGACGCACUCACUCAUCCUGCAAAACCUCAAACCAAGACAGCGGGGCAAGAAGGAAACCAAGGAGGAAUACCUUAAAAGCACACGUGGCUGUCUGGAGGAAGGUCUGGAGGCGUUGUUAAAGGCCACAGGAAGUAACCUGCUGAUACUGAAGAUUUCACACUGCCCCAACCUGCUGACCGAUCGCUCCCUCUGGCUGGCCAGCUGCUACUGCAGAGCUCUGCAGGCUGUAACCUACAGAAGUGCCACAGAUCCAGUCGGCCAGGAGGUGAUCUGGGCCCUCGGAGCAGGUUGUAGAGACAUCAUCUCUCUACAGGUGGCGCCACUACAUCCAUGCCAACAACCUGCUCGUUUCAGUAACCGAUGCUUGCAGACGAUUGGAAGAUGUUGGCCACACCUCCGCGCUCUUGGUGUGGGAGGGGCUGGAUGUGGCAUUCAGGGGCUGGCCUCUCUAGCGAGGAACUGCAUGCGUCUGCAGGUGCUGGAGCUGGAUCAUGUGAGUGAGAUCAACCAGGAGGUGGCAGCAGAGGUUUGCAGAGAGGGCUUGAAAGGUCUGGAAAUGCUGGUGCUCACGUCUACACCAGUCACCCCCAAGGCUCUGCUUCAUUUCAACAGUGUGUGCCGUAACCUGAAGUCCAUCGUGGUCCAGAUUGGUAUAGAAGACUACUUUGAGGACCCCAACAGCCCUGAAGCCAGGAAGUUGUUUGAUGAGAUGGUUAACAAGCUGCAGGCUCUGAAGAAGAGACCGGGCUUCUCCAAAAUCCUCCACGUGAAAGCAGACAGUCUCUGCUAACAUCUUUUGUGCAGAUUCUUCAAGUCUUGGAGAGGUGCCAUCUUGGCUCCAGUCGAUCAAAAAGACCCAGCUGUUUUGAGCCCCCUCCACAGGGUUGAAUACGUCUGCAGCACCGACAGAAACAACAGAAGACCGCCAUGAUGAACCAGGACCGAGGCUCAAUGUGCAUACUCCACAAGUACAAACUUCAAACAGAAAAAAAAAAAACAAAACUCAUUCACCACUCCGGUACGGGGAAAUCAAUAUCUCCUUCAUGUUGGUUAUGACUGAACAAACAGUCAGGAGACUUAUUUGGACAAGCAGUGGCACCAUAUAUCACAUAAAGGGCCUGUCUUAAACCUUACAGACUCAAAUAACACAACAAAACUGUCAGAUUUCUUGUUCUCAGUUGUCUUCUGCGUUCACCGUGAAAAUGGUGGGAAAAAAAGCGCUGUAUUUAACUGUCUGCAUCUACGCAAUGCUUGACAUAAACUACCUUCAACACCAACAGCUUGCAGGCAGGAGCACAUAAUGAAGCGUGCAUACUUUCCGCAGAAGUACAUAAAAUGGUGGCAGGAGUAAGAAAUUAUAGAGAAAUUGAUUCCCUCGAGAGAUCUUGAGCUAUCAAAGUAAAGAGUCUCGAGACGGGAGCUUUAUGUUUGAGGCGUGAUCCGAGGAUUGAAUAAGUGGUUUUUCCCAUCCUGCCCGCCCUACACUCUGCUGUGUGUUGAACAACUUUCAACACGUACUGCUUCCACCCGGGAGAGAGACAGGCUGCACCAGCUCCAGGCACAGUGGAGAGAGCAAGGACAGCCUCCCUUGUAAAACACAAAUCUUGACAGUCUUCUUAGCCAAUUGCAUGGCAGCGAUGCAUUUACCCUCUUCUACCAUCCUCUCUGCUUCCCCAUGUGAACGGCGUCGUGUCACUAACCUGGACUCAAGAGUUUUUGGACAGUUGUAGUAUCUGUGAGAGAACAGGACGCAGUAUCUGAUGCUGCUCAGGCCGGAAGGAUGAUCCAUAAUGCAUUUCUCUCAAAAACUGGUGCCAUUUGUAACAGUGUCUGUCCUCAUUCCAGUGAGCGUUUUCUCCAAUGUGCCAUUAAUGAGGGAAGAGGGACCAUGUACAGUAAAGCAGGUGUUUAAUCUCGUCAAAUCAUCACUUAUAGCAGAUUGAUUUGAGUGUAAGCAGCUCUCACUGAGCAUAAGGGUGUUGUGUUUCAUACGGAACAUGGUCUCCAGGUGUAUACAAGUGUUACAGUGUUUAUAUAUCAUGUGACUUUCAUACUUUACCAUACUAAACAGUGCCAUUCCUAUUAAUAGUGCUCGUCAUGGCUGAGGCCCUGAUCAAUCCUUGGUUGUAUUUUUCAGCUGACGUCCUCUGGCUCCAUCUGCUGGUUGUUUCCAGGCAAUUACACAGCCAUCGGACAGCUGGUGUUAUGUGACACUUUGUACUCUUUGCAGCAAGGAACAAGUAUCACCGUUACUGUUUUGCAGCAGUCAGAACCAAGGAAUCAGGUCAUCGGUAUCACCUUCAAAUGAGGCGCAAUUCGCGGCUACAAUUGAGUUUAGCCUAUGUUGCAGAGAUUCUCAAGAAGUAUGAGUAGCAAUACUUACUGUGGGUGAAUGCUCCUCUGUGCAGAUAAUGUAAGGGGGGUUCCAACAAUUUUGCACAUCCACUGGUUUAUUAUUCACAAGAAUUAAAACUCGGCCUUUGGAAAAAGUUGUAUAACGCCGACAAUGUUGCCAAGUCUGAGAAAAUAACCCUUGCAGUGUUAUAUUGGCUUGGAAAGUACAAAUUAAUAGCACAGAAAGCUGCAUUACAAGCUGGAGGGCAUGUCGUUUGAAAAAAUGUGGCUUGACCCAUACUAGGGACCAAAAGUCAGGAUUUUUCUGCCUUUGCUGCAUUGAUUUUUUUUUUUUUUUAAUUCAGUCUCUUGGGAGUCCUUGAACAUAAUGAAAGUGCAAUAGUAAAUGACUGCCGUUCCUAUUUGACACUUAAAAUCACUUUGCUUUAAAAAAAAUCUUGCACACAGGUUUGAAACAGGUUGAAAAAGUGAUUCACACAUCAGGCAGAACAUCACGCCCCCCCUUGCUUAACAAGUUGUUCAUUUUACAUUGCACAUCUUGUUUGUCUCCACAACACACGUUCGUGGGCGGAGUGUGCAACAGAGCAGGAGGGCCAAGCAAGUGUUGGGGCACGUCACGGGUGCUCUGAAAUCUCAAAAAGUCACUGAUGAGGAUGUUUUUCCGGGGGGGUCUCUGCUUUAUUGUCAAAAUCGUGUUUAUGAGGACUUGUGUAGCUGCAUAUCGUAGUGAUGGUAUUCCAGGUGAGUGUGUGAGAACAGUUGUGGGUGUCCAGUUAUUCAUGUUCUUCCAGUGCUGCAUAUUAUUAUCCUACACUGGUACUGAUUCAUUUGAGGGAAGUCGGUUCGUGGGGAAGGUGUAAAACUUUGCUGACACAAUAGAGAAAACACAAAGCACUUGUCGAUUUUAAGUUUUAGACAAUCCUGCCUUCGCUAUCAGCUACUCUGUACAUAGUGUUUGUAAAAAACAAAAGAAAAACAACAAAAAACAAGAAAAAAAAGGACCAGUAUUUGAUGUUAUAUAAUAUUAAGGUCAUACUUAUGAGUGGAAAAAGUUGAAGUUUACAGGUCUUCAUUCUGUAAGCAUUUUCUCUCCAAAGUUGAAUGAAAGAUAAACAUAGAGAAUUAUAUUAUGUAUAACAGUAGUGUUGAAAUUGCAGUUGUGUAUUAGAUACUUUAUAUUAAAUGUGCAUCAGAGUCAUAUAGAGAUGGAAAUUAUUUAAGAAGAGGAUAAAGAUGAUAAUUCAGCUAUUUAUUUCUAUAAAAAAACGAGUAAUGUGUAUAAUGUUAGCAUGUUUGUGUUCGAGCAUCAAUCAUUAAGUUGCCUUCUUAACUGUUCUGCUACUGUGACGAGAAAAAUUAUUAGAUGUUUAAAGAGCUUUGAUUGCCUGCAGGUUAAUAACGUUUCUCUUUAUUUGAUCCAGUCUGUUGUUGCACUAGUGAGAAAAAAAAAAAAAAGAUAUUUCAGAUGUUUAUUAUAAGAGUGUUGUUUUUAAUGUUCAGCUAUUUCUCAGUAUUUGACAAAAUAUGAUGCACUUUUUUUCCUGAACACUUUUAUCGGCCCGUUGGUCGUUGGUUUAGUCAAAAAACGACGAUGGUUUCUGUCAGCGGGAUACUCGGCGGCGUUUUUAGUCGUGGUGUGAAACUGAAUGUCCACUUACACGUUUGGUUUCAUGGGAGGAAGAUUCUGGAAAUACAGCGAUUACAUAUGAACUUGUGUGACUGAACACACGUACAGUUAGCCUCUUUUCUCUUACACCAUCUCUCAUGUCUCAUCAGUUGGGAAGUUGAAGAUUGAAACCGAUUGAACGACAUUCAAGUGCUUUUUAGGUUCAUUGCCAAUAUGACCUUAUGCUCUCCUUCGUCUUUGUUCCUGUCUUUUAAUUUAGUUUUGCAUUGUACUGUAGAUCUCACGCUCAUACUGAUACUUACCAUUUGCUUUAUUGUGAAAAUGGACCUGCUGAAGAUGUAACAGAGCUUGUGUGCUCUGAAACUGCAGAUUAGAGGUGCCAAGUACGGCCAGAAUCCUUUUUUGGCUUACAUCUCCACUCUCUGCCUCUCCAAAUAUAAAGCAGAAUCAUGUCUAAUUUAUUUAUUUCUGAUUCAGAAACUGAAGCAUCACUUAUGAACCAAGGUGCUUCCUCAUUCUCAUGUUUAUUUCAUAUUUAAAAGAUUUAUUCCUUCUCUCUGUGCAUUUAAAAACAAACAGUGUCUGAGUGUCCAUGUACCUCUCUGUACAUAUUUUAUGUAUGAAUGAUUGUACUCUGCCCGUUCAUCUGAAUAGUAUUUUACACAUUACCUCAACACUUAUCUGGGCAAUUAAGUGUGCAGUUUGUCUUUGUAAUUUUUUUUUCUUUUGUGUCAGUUUUGACUGCCAUCGACAGGUACGACCCAUGAACUUCAUCCAUGUUGCUACGACAAACAAAAUGGAUUCUGUCGCUUAAAUAAACUUUCCCAAAAGAUGAUCAGCCUUCUGCGAUGACUGCAAUAGAUGGAAAUGUUUUACUACUCAUUUUCACUCAUUUGUUGUCAUCAAUAAAAUUGCUUUAAAUUGUA